AAAGUUGCUGGAUGAGACAAAAACUCACAAAAGUCUUGUGAUAUAAAUGUACCUUUGCUUUGAUAAAGAAACGUAUCGCCCACCCUUAGUGUGUAGUAGUUUAGGGUUAGGGUUAGUUUUGAGAUUGUCUUCUUGUUGAUGCUCAGAUUAUCUGUGAGAUUGUUCUAUGAGCCCUUUGGCAGUAAUUGGCUCCCGUACAAAGCAAGUGUGGAAAUGAAGUUAAUUUUGAAUGCACCCAUUUAACACUGCAGCAUGUAUGCGGAUGUUAAGAGGCUCUUUUCUUCUCCAGGGGCAAUGUUUCCCUUGGUUACACAGUGUAUGUACAUCUGCCAACCAGUACAAUCUGGAGUAGGAUCUUCAGAUGGGUUAAUGAUAUUUAAUAAGCAAACACUGAAUUUAUACCAGGAUAAUUGCAACACUGUAUAACUGGUUUGUGUAGAAAAUCAAACCAUAGAGGAAUCUCUAUUCAGGUGGCACAACUCCGCAAAAUGCACAAUAAGCUAAACGUUUAUUUUCAAGAAACUGUGCUGGUUGUGAUUUCUUGCUCCCUGGUGUAUUUCAUAUUUUAUAAGUUCAGGGUUUUGCUCUUUAUGCAGCUGACCCAGAUAACCAGGACUGGCCAGUGCUCAUGGGAGAGCAAAAACAUCUUGGCGGUGUCCUUUGCCCCCCUGGUCCAGCAGAGCAGAGCUGAUGGGGAGAAACCUGACACUGUCGAGCUGCCCUCAUUGACUGUGCGCAGCCUUCAGGAUCUGUCUCGGGUCUACAUUCGCCGCACUCUCAGAGACCUGGACAGCGAGGACAGUGCGGGGAAGGAGGCGGUGCAGAGAGUUCCCCAGAAGCGCAAACGCAGGCGCUGCCAGCGGCGACGCAUCAACACCUACGUUUUUGUAGGCAACCAGCUGAUCCCCCAAAUGGUGGAGAGUGAGGAGGAGGAACACGUUGAGGAAGAACAAAAAGAAGUGGAAGACGAGGAGGAGGAAAGAGACAUCGGAGAAAUUGAAAUCCUCAAGCAAGCGAACAUGUUGAGAGACCAAAUAAUGGCUUUACCGCUGCCGGAGUCACUGAAAGCAUAUUUGCUGUUCUACAGAGAGAAAUGACUGAUUACUCCAUGCCCACUCUUUAUGAAUGCAGCACCUUCUGAAUGCUUUUCUCAUCCUUUUUCUGUACAAAUGUAGCAUUAUUUCCAUUAAAUCUUGAUGGCAAAACUGUAACAGAAAGAGACGUCAUAGAUAAUAUUGGAUAAUAAUGUUAUGAUUGUCACGAAUCGUUUGUUUCUUUUGAUUUGUAUAUAAAAACUGUGUAAAAAAAUAUACUAAAUGGUCAGUUUCCAAAACCCAUUUUCAGAUUCAGAUUUUAUUACAAUUUCAGGAUUUCUGCAGAAAUGUGCAGAUUAAAAAGUUCUUAUUAUAUUUGUUAAAAUAAGAUCAUGCUAAGAUGAAAACUUUUAUUGCAGCUUUUUUCCAGGAGCUUUAACUUUAACUAUCGCUGUCUGGGGAUUUAAUGAGCACCAGAAAAGGAGCAAAAGACUCUGAAAGGCAAAUUAGUCCGCCAUAUUCAGUUAAAGAGUGAGACAUAAUUGCAGAAUCAUUAAUGGGGCACUUAUGUUAUUACUCUUACUGAGUUUUGGUUUUGAAUUAGUGGGAUUUGUACCUUCCUAUUACAUGAAAUCAUCGAGAGACUAGAUUGGUUCUUCAUUUUUUCUACAGGGCAAUUUUUGAUGUAUCUUUUUCUACAGGGUGUUUACAUUAACGUGUGUUGUAGGCCCUCUCCUCUACAUGGUUCCCCUUUACAUCGUUAAUGCAAAUAGUAUGUAACUUUAUCAUAACGGAUGUUUGUCAUAAUGAUAAAACUGAUGACUGGUGGUGGUUCACAUGUUCAGCUUUGUUUAAAUGAGACUGUUUAUAGGAAGAUUUUUUUGUCAAUAAUGCAUGAAUAUACUGUAAAUGUGUUGGGUGUUCCUGACUGUGCUUCACAUCGUACGCUUGGUCACUGGAGGUUAUGUCCCAAGUGAUUAAGUCAAGACAUUUUUUUGACGAAAGGCGGAAGUUGGGAAAGGAUUUAAAGAAUAAUAAUCAUUUAGAUUGCCUUGAGACAAAUCUCAAAUCUGUACUCAAAUUAGUAUUGUAUUUCUUUGUAUAGACAGCAAUACAAAUCAAAGUCACUGAGGAUUUUUGAAAGCCUUUUGUAUCCUGGACUGUAGAAAUGUCCAACAAAGCACCUUAGUCUGCAUUCCUCGAGUGAACAAAUAAAUAAUUUGUAUUGUCGACUGAUCUCGUAAUGUAGAUCCUGUUUAAUCAAAGUACAAUUUGCUUGCAGAACUUCCAUGAUAGUGGCGGCUUUUAAGUGCCAACGUCCCCCAUCACAUUAGGACUUCUGUGAGUUUUCUAGCAAAGUGCAUUUACCCAAGCGAUGGCAUAUUUCUACAAAUACAUUCCACAGUGAAAAAAUUAAAAAGAGCAGCACAUCACUGAUCGAUGUCACACUUUUUCUAAGAGCUUUAUGGUCACAGACUCCAGAGAUUUCAUUCAUCUUACUUUGAAUGCUUCAUUUAGUAUUCCAAAAGCUGAGUUGAAUGUUGUUGAUAUUAAUUCUAUUUAAUAUACAUGUGAUAUUAAUGUGUUUUUAUCAUAUGAAUCUGCAUUCAGUUUAAUUUGCAUUUGGUUUGUUGUAGCGCCCUCUUGCUGUACUGUAUCUUGACACUGGGAACUCUGUAGAUCAAAACUCCACUGAUGUCUGUUCAAUAGAUAAAAUAUAAGUGGUAUAGGUCUUCAUUUUGUUCUGCUGUAAUGACAAAUAUUUUGUUUGAAAACGGGAGUGAUUAUUCUAUUAGUAGUGUUUGUGUGUGAAGAGGUAACAAUUAUUUUCUGUAAGUUGUUUAUUUUUUUUAUAUUCAUAGGAAAGCUUUGUAAGUGAGCCAUAAUGGAAUAAUCUUUCAGUUUAUAAUUACCAAUAACAACAAAGUCCCAUUUGAUUUGCGUAGUAUCCAUUAAAAUUCUCAUGACCAAUUACAGGCAUGCAACAAUUUAUAUACCAUCAUCCAAAACGUAAUUGCUAAUUAGAGAGCACUUUAAAGAUUGAAAGCAGCGGACCUACAACCUCGACUCUCAGGUCGCGCCUUGCACCAAAGUAAAUGGGACUGCUAUGAUUACGUUUAAUGUGAACGAGAUUUGACUACGAGACUAGCACCGGUAAAGACCAAGUCAUAAUCGAGUCUGUGCUUUUAUAUUUGGUUGAUUUGAUGAGAGCCAAAACAGUUCUGUUACUUUUUACCAGCCCUAAGUUGAUAGGAUAGAUCAUAGUGUGUGCAGUUCAUUUUAAUAAUGUGUUGUUUCUCCAUAAAUGUUUGGCAAAAAAAAUAAAGUUCACAAUCACA